AACCAAACAAGCGUCGUCAUUCAUUUCCUCACUCAGCGAGGCUAGGCAAGCUGGCCGUCAAGCUCAGGCCGUCAGGCGAUACAACUACAAGCCUACAGUGCCUACCCCUCCGCCGCCUAGAGAGAGAGAGGCCAGCGAUGACGAAGACGACGCCGCCGGCGUUCGUGUACCGGAUCAGCACGGCCGACGAGUGGGCGGAGUUUCAGCGCACGGGCGCCACCCUUGGAGGCGACCUCGACAGCUCCACCGGCUGCAUCCAUCUCAGCGACCUAAACCAGGUGAAGAUGACUUUAAAAAACUUUUUCCUUGGAAGGAAUGAUCUGUACCUACUGCAAAUUGAUACUUUCAAGCUUGCAGAUGGGUUAAUUUAUGAGCUAAGUGAUGGUGAUAACUAUUUUCCUCAUUUCUAUGGCCCUGGUCGGAGCUUUGCACCUCUUCAACUAGAUACUGUUGUGAAGGCAGACAAAAUAGAGUUUGCAGACAAUGAUUUUACCUGUGGUCUACUUGAUGGAAGUUAUCUCCCAAGCUGAUCUGUAGAGUCUCACCUUCAUCUUAGCAAUGCUCAUUUGAGUUCUCUGCCAAAGGUUAGUGUUUAAUAUGUCUAUAUAUGCAGAAGUCGGUCAUAUAUUUGAGUGACAGAUUGUACCAUCCAGAAUUUUCCACAGUUAUUCAUAUACUUUCUGGUGGAAGAUAAAAUAUGAAACUGUAUGUAAUUGACGCAUCAUGAUGGAUACGGAUGUUCAUUAUGCUAUAGCAAGUAGUACAAUGUGUACUUGCUGUCAUGUUACAUCCAGUGCCUGGUUGCAUAAACAAUAAGCACUAUAUGUUACCUUGGGUAACAUACUUGUAAUAAUGAUAUGAAUUCAAAAGGAGAAUGCCACUUCAAUUGUUUUU